CCUUGACCCUGGACUGCAUCAGUAACUUCCCGGACUGGUUUUUCAAGGCAGUGAUGAACAAAGCAGAGACGCUAAAGUGGAUUGAUUGCCCACGCACUGGUUUAAUCGACGUAUUUGUGGAAUAUGAGCAUGGGAGGUUAUAUGGACUGAAGCGUCUCAUUGUAGAUGGUCGACGCGAUGAGGACGAGCUGAUGAACACAUCAACAUGGGUUCCAAAAGAACCUGUGUUCGAGAACUUGGAAGAGUUGCUUCUGUGGCGCGUGGAGUUUUGUGAUGUAUUACCACCUGGGUCUCUAUGCAAUUUGAAGUUAUUGGAGGUAGGAUCUUGUUACAACGGGGGGGAUGUACUUUUACGAUCAACAUUACAAGGACUACCAAAUCUGGAAGAACUAAAAUGUGACUCCAUGGAUAAGAUUGAAUAUGUGUUUGGGUAUGAAGCGUCAUUGGAGGUAAAACAAUCAAAAUUGAGAAAAAUAGAAUUGUCUUAUCUAAAGAGAGUAAGAAGCAUUUGUGAGGGACCUGCUCCACCUGCAAUGUUUCAGAAUCUUCAAAGUUUGUCCAUUAAGCGGUGCAAGUUGCAGGGAAGUCUCUUCACCUAUGAUGUUGCUCAACGUCUUUUUCAAUUGAAAAUCCUUGUUUUAAAGGAGUGCCCCUUACUGGAAAGGAUAGUUGAAGCAAGCAACAAGAAGAUCGUUCUUCCAAUAUUGAAGCAAUUGAGUUUGACGGUACUUCCAUUGUUGGAAUAUGAAAGUGCUACUUUUAAUAUCGAGUGUCCUUCAUUGGAGGAGUUGUCUCUGUGGGGCUGCCCCAAGUUUUCAGUCUCUGUUCCUGACUUCCACAGCACAAAGCAAGUCCAACUCAUUGAGGAAAAACAAUCCGGAUAGCUAGUUUGUCGGGGACGAGAGGGAAGAGUCAAACGAGAUGGAAGAGUCGAGCGAGAGGGAGGAGUCAGAGUCGGACGAGUGGUAAGAAUCAGGCAUACCGCGAGCGGGAGGUGUCCCUAUGUGACGAAUGAACACAUAAUGAUGUGGG